AUGGGUUCUAAAAGUUCGAAACCAGAGGGACAAGAAAACAAGCCUUGUUUCUUAGAUGCUUCUCAAAAACGCAGAGAAGUUAUUUCAAAUCUUCCUGAUGAAUCGGAACAUGACACCGACUCGUUGAAGGCUCAAUCAGAAGGCCGAGGACUGAAGCACGUCCAAUUUGUUGAUAAGCUGAAAUUCGAUUGGGAUGAUCGUCCUUCACAAACAAAUCCAGCACCACCCAAAACAUUGGAAGAUUAUGAAAUCGAAAGCAUGCUUGGGGAUGACAAGGACAAUAAGACAGCUGAUAAAAAUGUAGUCUGGAAGCGUAAGGGACCUAAACACGGUUGUGUUCAGUUUUUUCGCAAAGAAAAGAAAGAAACCAACCUUGAACCAGAACCUCCUAAACAUCCAGGCGCUGACAAGGCUGAGAGAUGGCAAAAACAAACAUGGAAAGUUUUCUCCGGUCCACUACCACCUUUGGUUAGUACAUCGGGAAUUGAUGAUGAAGAAACUGUUAUCCUGAGCAAAGUUAUUCACGAAGCAACUCAAGAAGCAUGUAUAGUGAAGACGUCGGAUAACCCGGCAUCAAGUGAGGAAUUCAAAGUGACACCAGUUCAUCCUACUAAAAAACCGUUUAUAAUGAUCCAUCAAACAAAUGAGCAAGAAAUCAUGAAAACACAAGGAAGCUUUCGUUUGAACCAAUGGCUCAAUGUCAAAACAGAUAUUAAUAGCGUAUCAUUGGAGAAUUCGGAUGAUUCAAUUUUUAUGCAGAUGUUCAAUAUCAUUUCGCAUGAACGAAAUCGUCGAUGGUAUGCCUAUCGAAGAGAACAUGAAUCCCUGACACUGGAAGAAGCUUAUUUGAUUGGAAACGGAGGAUAUCUUCCCGGAGAGACGAAACGUUUUGGUAUAGCGGAGGUCGCAAGAAAAAAAAUCAGUAACACUCUAAGAAUCAACAUGAUUCCAGUUGUUCACAGUCAUCAACCCGUUAUCGGUGUCCCAUUCAAAGGAUACUUGCGCGAUAUUGUUGAACUACCAGAAUGUUCAAUGGAAUUCAUUCAAAUCAUCAAUCAGCACCUCAUGCCUCACGGUCUUCAAGUUAUUGAUUUGAGACGCAGAUCAGAGGAAGUGCUCGGACAACCGCCAUUAUACCAUGAUGAUUACGAGAUGGCCAAUCACACCAUUGACGCAAUAUCACGUUCAGUUGAAGCUCUCAAUUCCAUCAAAAACACAGCAAAAUAUUUCAUCGUUUAUGCUAUUUAUGCAGACACAGUACCAAUGUACAUUUACCAAGCAAUUGUCCGAUUCAAGCCUGGGCUUCCAAUCAAUUCAGCUGACUGGAUUGACGAUGGAAAAUCGCGAUUAGAAAUUGAAGAACCAGACAUGGAGCCUGUUAACACUCUUGACAGUGUUUGCUGGUUAAUGCAAAUCAGAGAGUAUCGGUACAAGGUUGCCGCAGAAAAAUCAAAAUAUGAGAAAGAAUUGAAGCAGAAGCAACGUGAAGAACAAAAAGAGCAGAAAGAACUGAAACGGCAACAAUGUGAAGAGUUGAAGAGACAAAAUGUAAAGAAACAGCAAGUAGCUAGCAUGUCAACUUGGAAAAAAGUGAAGACUUUCUUCAGAAUUAAAUCGAACUAGGAAUAAUUCGAAAUAAUUGUUGUGUUAUUUGUAAAAUAUCGUUGUUAACAUUCCUAUCUCAUUUUCUACAAACCUCUUUAUUUUCCCAUCUCUUUGUUUUUCUGUGUUGUUACUUCUGAGAAUCAGUAUAUUUACCGAGCAAUGCAAUGAAUUGACACACAGAAAUGCUUCCAACAAAAGUUCAAAUUGCAUACUGUGAUUUUAGUAACUCUUUUUCACGUUUUACUACAUUAGUGAACCUCUUAUUUUUCUUUUGCAGUAAAAAGUUGAUGUUCCUGACAACUGAGUUAAAUCUUGGUUGUUUUACAUUUUGAAUUGCAUAAUUCGCCGAUUAUUUAUUCAUAUUUCUACAUACAUUUUCGGAACGUUUGUCCUUUUAUUUAUACUUCUGUCUGCAAUAACUGAACCUUCAAAUUCAUCUGAUUGUAAUUUAAAUUUGUUCCCGUUCACAAUCGUAUCAAUGAUUCCUCAAAUGUUAACAGUUCCGCGCGUACGAUCUUUAAAACAGUU